AUGAUGAACAUCUACAAGGUCCUCUGGGCAAUCUCCCAGCUUGGGGACGAUAUGUGGUCCGCGGCCGUCAAACACGCCGAAACGACCCAGAGCAUCACACCCGACCAGACUUCUCGACCUUCAAUGUGUUCCGCGUUCUCCGAACUUGUGAAAACUGGAAUCCCCAGAAAUUUCAAGAUUGAUCGCAUAUGA